AUGAGAAAACGCGAAUCGCAUCCUGAUAAAACAAAGGAUAACGAUAAAACAAAUUUACACACCGAACGUGAAAUUAGAAGCAACGAUAGAAAGCCUGACCCCAAAAGGCAAAAACCAAAUUCUAGCCAAGAUUCUGCAAAUAAUAACAAAAUAAUUUCACACUACAACCUUAGAAAUACGGAGUCAAAUUGCGAAAAAAACGAAAAAACGGGACAGGAAGAAUCUUACACAUCAAAGGGCGAACUAAAGAGCAGUGAUUCCAUGGAAAACUUAAACAAACCGGAGAUAGAACUUGAAAGCAUGGUUGAAAAGGGAGAAAAUCAACAUGAAAAUCAGGAAAAAAUAGAAAACAAAGACAACAAUGAGGACUUAUAUGAACCUUAUAGCACAUACAACGCAAACAUAUUCGAAAGGAUAAAUCUUGCAGACUUCGAGGCAUUUGGAAAACCACUCGAAAGUGAAACGACAUUGCCAAUUGCCAACAUAAGCAGACUAAUGAGGGAAGUGCUUCCAAACAACGCAAAGAUAGCCAAACAAGCAAAGGAUAUGAUAAGAGAAUGUGUGACGGAAUUUAUCUUCUUCGUUUCAAGCCAGGCAUCUGCAAGGUGUAGUAUGGAAAAAAGAAAAACGUUAAACGCAGAAGAUAUAUUCAUUGCCAUAUGUAAAUUAGGGUUUGAACACUACGAUGAAACCCUAAAAGUGCAUCUUAAUAACUGGAAAAAAAUGAAAGAUGGCAACCUUACACAGACAAACCCAAGAAAUUAA